UCCCAAACCCUAAGUAGCCAGCGCCUAGGUGUAGACCAUCCACGUGAGGUACCAAGGACACAGCCAGCAUGAACUGGGCGUUUCUGCAGGGCCUCCUGAGCGGGGUGAACAAGUACUCCACGGCGCUGAGCCGCAUCUGGCUGUCCGUGGUCUUCAUCUUCCGCGUGCUAGUGUAUGUGGUAGCAGCUGAGGAGGUGUGGGACGAUGAGCAGAAGGAUUUCGUCUGCAACACCAAGCAGCCCGGUUGCCCCAACGUCUGCUACGACGAGUUCUUCCCCGUGUCCCACGUGCGCCUCUGGGCCCUGCAGCUCAUCCUGGUCACCUGCCCCUCACUGCUCGUGGUCAUGCACGUGGCCUACCGGGAGGAGCGCGAGCGCAGGCACCGCCUGAAACACGGACCCAGUGCCCCGUCCCUGUAUGACAACCCCAGCAAGAAGCGGGGCGGGCUCUGGUGGACCUACCUGCUGAGCCUCCUCUUCAAGGCUGCCGUGGACUCCGGCUUCCUCUACAUCUUCCACCGCCUCUACCAGGAUUACGACAUGCCCCGCGUGGUGCACUGCUCCGUGGACCCUUGCCCCCACACUGUGGACUGUUUUAUCUCCCGACCCACGGAGAAGAAGGUCUUCACCUACUUCAUGGUGACCACAGCUGCCAUCUGCAUCCUGCUCAACCUCAGUGAGGUCUUCUACCUGGUGGGCAAGAGGUGCAUGGAGACCUUCAGCCCCAGGCACCGGCGGUCUCGGCGAAGGGUUUGCCUACCCGAUACGUGCCCACCAUAUGUCCUCUCCCAGGAAGGGCACCCUGAAAAUGGGAAUUCUAUCCUAGUGAAGGCAGGGUCAGCCCCAAUGGAUGCAGGUGGGUAUCCAUAACCAGCAAGAUCAGUACGUAGAAUCACCAGGUCCCCCCUCAUGUUCUCUGAGGCCACCCAGGAAAACAGGCAAGGGCAGUGGCAUCUUUUCUGUAGUAGGGCAGGUGAGGAGGGUGGCUGUGGGGCUCAGGAAGCUCUCUCAGGGGCCAGUCUUGGGGGCAGGGGUGCGGGGCGGUUUGUUUUCUGGGGCCUGAACCUUGGGGGCGGGAGGUCAAUGACCAAUGGGUAUUUUGUAUAUGGCAACAGAGUAUGUCAAAACCCUUAAUAAAUAUGAUUUUCCCAGUA